AUGAUGACGUCCAGAUAUGACAGAUUGGUCGACCUCUGGAAAGUAUUAAAGCCUCUUUUUGAGAAAAUGCUCAACAUGGAUGGCUUGUCGAAGACAGAACAUGCAUCUAUUUGUAAUUACGUGUAUGGCUACUGCAUCAGUGUUGAUACCAGCAGUGGUGUUGGUGAAAACAGCAAAGUCAUUGGCUAUGAGUUGUAUAAAAAGCUCAGAUGCUUCUUCAAGCAGCAUGUACAGUCUCUUAGACUGAAAGCUGAGCGCCUGGCCGGUUCAGAUCUGCUUAAUUUUUUUGAAAAACGGUGGACUAACUACUCACUUGCUGCUAAAUACAUAGAUCACCGAUGUAAUUAUCUCAAUCGCAACUGGGUGAAGACCAAGGUUGAAGAGGGUCAAAAGGAUGUUGUAAUUGUAUAUUCUCUUGCCUUAAUGCUUUGGAAGGAUGAGCUGUUCAAGCCAUGUAGCAGAGCUCUCAUGUCUGCCGUUCUUAGUGAUAUCGAGGCAGAGCGUAGAGGUGAGAGCAUAGCGACCACCAGGUUGUGUACCAUCAUUAGCAGUCUUGUCGACCUCUGCAUUACUUCUGAACAGAGCCCACAUUAUUCCACUCUUCCAUUCAUCACUGAAUCGCAGGUGCAAAGUGGCGUAACCGCGGCCGCGCCAUAUCUGUCAGGCGAUCCUCACUCACCUUUAGACUGGAGGCAAGGACUCCCAAUUUAUCGAGACCACUUUGAACAACCGUUUCUCCACGAAACAAUUCAUUUCUAUGAGGUUGAAAGCAAUCAGUUUCUAAAAUCCCACCCUGUUACAGAAUAUUUGAUAUGGGUCGAAGCACGGUUGGAGGAGGAACGAACAAGGGCCCAAACAUACCUCCAUUCAAGCACGCUAAGCGAAUUGAUAAAGACGGUUGAAGAAAGUCUAAUUGGGGCUCAUAUUGAAACACUUGCAGCUGAGUUCCAAGGCCUCCUGAAAGCUAAUAGAAUUGAUGAUUUGGCGCGGAUGUACAAAGCCUUGAUUCGCUUUGAAGAGGGUGAGGCUCGGCUGGUUCAAACAAUGGAAAUGUUUGUCGACGAGGUUGGAAGUGCGGCAUUGAAAGAUGUCUGCCAAGUUGCUAAAUCAAACCCCAAAGUUUUCGUCGAUACUAUAAUAAAGGUUCAGCGCAAAAAUCAAGAACUUUUGGAAUCAGCUUUUUCUGGCAAUCCCUCAUUUGGACGGGCUAUUGACAAAGGUUGUGAGCGAUACAUAAACAGAAAUGCAAUUACGGAAGCUGCUGGGAGCUCACGCAAAACGCCUGAGCUUCUGGCAAAGUAUAGUGAUUUUCUUCUUAAAAAGAGCACGAAGGAAUCUCAACCAGAUGAUUUGGAGCGAACGCUUAACUGUGUGAUGGAUGUUUUCAAGUAUGUGGAGGACAAAGAUGUGUUUCAGAAGUUCUACUCUACCAUGCUUGCUCGUCGUCUUGUGAAUAAUCAGUCGAUCUCGGAAGAUGCGGAGGCCCAAAUGAUCUCUCUUCUAAAAAAUGCCUGUGGUGUAGAAUAUACCUCCAAGUUACAGCGAAUGUUUCAGGAUGUGAGCUCGAGCCGGGAACUCAAUUCUCGUUUGAUGGAGUGGAUCGGUGAACAGACACCCCUUCUGUGUAAUGUUGACUUCAAUAUCAUGGUGCUUAGCUCAAAUGCUUGGCCGUUCCAACCACUGGGCACAAUAAACGUUCCUGCAGAGUUGGAAAGCUGCUUCAAAGUGUUCACAGAGUUUUAUCAGACUCGUCAUGAUGGACGCAAACUGACGUGGUGUUAUCAGCUCUGCCGUGGUGAGGUUGUGGCUCACUAUACCAAAAUGCGAUACACGUUUCAGGUAUCAACGUAUCAAAUGGCAAUACUUAUGCUUUUCAACUCCUCGUUGUCCUAUACUGUCAGCCAGAUACAAUCGCUGACAAACAUUGAAUCCAGUAUGUUAAAUCAAAUCCUCCAAAUCUUCCUCAAGGCACGUAUUUUAAAAAUCACCUCAAGUGAUGACACGGAUGAGCAACAGCGGCACCAAAUGGACGAAGAUAUUGGCUCCGCACCUUCCACCUCCACUUUCCCCAUUACUCCAGAGUCACAGCUCACCCUUUUUAUGGAUUACAACAAGCAAGUGUUAAUUAUUAUUGACCUACUCACACCCAAUUAUUCCUUUUUAAGUAAACGCGUUCGUGUAAAUCUCAAUCUGCCACUGAAAAGUGAAACGAAACAGGAAACAGAAACAACUCUUCACAAUGUUGAAUGUGAUCGCAAAUUGGGUAUUCAGGCAUGUGUUGUGCGGAUAAUGAAGAUGCGAAAGAGGAUGGAACAUCAGCAGCUAGUGAAGGAAGUUAUUGAACAAAUGUCUUCCCGUUUUUGUCCUGCUAUACAGCAAAUCAAAUUAUGCAUUAACUCCCUGAUUGAGCGUGACUUCAUCAGGCGAGAUCCGAGCAAUCUCUCAGCUUAUGAAUAUGUGGCCUAG